UUAUUUUACACGUUUAGUAUAUUGCCAAAAUCACCGCUUGUUGGGGAAAACAAAGGAUUUUUUAAAGUACAAUAUUUGUAUAAAUGCUUUAAAACCUGAAACAUGUCCGCCGACUCCUGCGUGGAGACGCCCAAGGCGCCGGAAUGGCUGUCGAAACUGGAGAGCCGACGUGAGCAGCUGAAACGCUCAAAAUUGGGACACGAAGUCGGAGCCGGGGCUCCCUGCGCCGAGUGCAAGGACAAGUGUCCUGGCUUAGAUCUUCACUUUUGGCGCAAGGUAUGCCGCAACUGCAAGUGUCCCAAGAAUCAGCAUGUGUGCCCGGACGACGAUGGUGCCACCGGGUGGGCGCAGUUCGAAAUUCUGGGCCAGAUCAGGGCCAAGCCAGCAUAUAUUAAAAUCAAAGCUCUGGCCAGUCAACCGAUACAGCUGGAGUGGGUGCCACCAAAUGCCGCUCCCGAUGUGGUCACCGAUUACAUGGAGAAACUGGGCACCGCCCAAAUCCCAGUGGCCGGAAGUGAUGCCGCCCUAAAGCGCAAAAGGCAGCUUGAACUUCAAGUACCGCCUCACGAUCUUGAUGCUGCGCUGUGCGACGGUUUAACGGAAACAGAGACCCUCCAACUGCAGCAGUAUGUGCAGAAGUUAAGAGAUCAAUGCGUUGGACAGGGAGUGGUGGUGCGUUUGGGCGAUCGCCUUAAUCACGCCCAAGUGGAGCACAUUGUUCCAGCUCCGUUGGCAACUACCCAGGAGGCAUUUAAAACCUGGCAAUCUCUGGGGCUUACACCAGUGGCCGAUGACACCCUUAACGAACUUCUUGCCAACCCCAAGUUAGCGCAAGCUCUGGUGAGUCCAGCCAAUGCACAGCCCAAACUCCUUGUGGCCUUUUCGGAGCCUUUGUCCGACUCAACAGCUCAAUUCGAGGAGAAUGGAGCAUUGCGGGCUCAGACCAGGGAAAAGCUGCUGGGGAUCAGCAAGCCAGCUUUGCAAAGCCUUGUUAGUCUUGGCGUUGUUUACGACAAGAUACUGGGAACAUUACAGGAAAAGAAACUUAACAUCUCGAGGGAUCCAAAACUUGGUCCUAUUGCCGAGUUUCGUAGGGAGUAUGUUAACAAUCCGCAGUUUAGGAACGAGAUCAACUCUAUUUGCCCGCAACAGCCCAUGACGCCUUUGAAAUCUUCUCCAGGCACACCCUUCAACUCCCCCUUACCGUUAAAGAACCCGGUGCAGAUAAGAUUUGGAGCUCAGGUGCGCCAGGACACUCCGAUGCGACGGGUCAAGUUCGGCGGGGUCUCCACCAUAGUAUAUGAUUGCGGACUUCCGUCCAACACAGACUACGAUCGUGAUCCGGUCUUUGCGCAGAUCCUCCAGGCGGAGCCACUGAAAUGUGCACUGCAGGAGGCGCGUGCUGGACGGGCGCCCUCCUCGGUGGUUAUUUCCGAUAUACCAGCUCCUGUAGCCACUCUUGCGGAGCUCAAAGGUAUCGCUCCGUCAACAAGGGCAAGGCUUCAAUCCGUGGGUCUGGACAAGAGUAUGCUUCAAUCCGCUGUGUCAAACGCACCUUACUACGAUCGGCUGUUCCGAUCUCUCCAGGACAAGGGCAUCUCGCAUGACCAAUGUCAGCUGCUGCAGCCACUGAAACAAGUGCACGACUGGCUGUUAGACGAUGAUCAGUUACUGGGUGAGAUCGACAAGAUCUUUGCGGACAUGGCCAAUGGCAGCAAGGAUAUUUCUUAUCCGAAACCCAGUUUGGGCGAAUUGCCCACUUCGCAGAGUAGCGAUUCGGGCUUCCACUCGAAACCCUCGACUCCAUGCUACGGUAGCGAGGAUCUUACUGCUGGCCAGGGCAGAUUCACCAGCAUUCCGGGUAUUGAGGACAUGAACAUGUAUCCAAGUUGCGUCGGCAUGCCCGAGCAGUUCAAGCAGCUGCGUCUUAACGAUGAGGAAUCUUCUAUCAAAAAUUCCCAGCGCACCAUAUUGUGCGGAGACUGCUGCAAGCCCAUCGCCUACGGAGAAGUGGCUGUCAAGGCGGAUCGUGCUGGAAAGGAGAUUGCCUGGCAUCCUGGCUGUUUUAAGUGCGUUACAUGUCGAGAACUUUUGGCCGACCUGGUCUACUUCUUCCACCAGGGGCAAGUCUUCUGCGGUCGCGACUUGGCCAUCAAACUGAAGAUCCCGCGAUGCCGUGCCUGCGAUGAGCUAAUCUUCACCAAGGAGUACACGGCAGCGGAGGAGGAAACGUUCCACAUCAAGCACUUUUGCUGCUAUCAGUGUGAUGAGCCGCUGGCCGGUCAGCAGUACGUAGCGGAUGAAAAGUCCAACAUGCCCCUGUGUCUGGUGUGCUAUGACCGCUUGUUUGCUGUUUGCUGUCAACGCUGCCAGAUAGCAAUUGGACCAGCAGAUCAGGGUGUGGCUUGGGGUGAUGUCCACUGGCAUGCCAACUGCUUUGUCUGCGCUGGAGCACAGUGCUCAAAGCCGCUGAUAGGAGGUCGCUUUUGCGUCAAGGAAAACAUGCCCUUUUGCAGCCCCGCCUGCGUGCGCAGCGUAAUUAACUAAGACGGCUUGGGAACCAUGCAGUAUUUUCACUUAUGUAUACGUUUAUAUGCACAAAGGAUCAAAGACACAAUCAUCGGAUAUUUGAUGAAAAACACAAUAUUUUAAACACAACUAGUGAUCAAUAGAUGCCAGAGACUCAAAGUGCCUAGAAUAGAUUUGCAUUUAAAAAGAGACCUGGUUGCAAUAUACGAGUCCAAUCAAAUUAAUGUCGCCAGUAAACAAUAUCUCUUUUCGCAUGACACUUUUAUAAAUUUUAUAAACUCCAAUUCUUUUAACCCCUCAAAAAUGUAGGAUUUAAAAAAAGGAAUAUUUCUCCUUUAAUUAUUUGGCGAAUAAUUUAAUUGGUAUCGUUAUUGCAAGCGAGGCUACGAAAUAAAAAAAUUCCAACCGUUUUUACAGUUCCAAUAGAUGAAGUAUAUAUAUAUUUUAUAUAUUAUAUAGAAACAUAUAUUUACACAUUUAAUAGUAUUAUAUAUACAGACACGCACAGUUUUUAAAUAAAGAUUUUACUCGAACGAAAAUUUGUAGGUAUUUUAAGUCCAGUAAAAUAGUUUUGAAAAGAGGUUGAACGACCCUACCCCAUAAAUAACACAAAUAUUGAUUUUCAAUUUUUUACGUAUCUGCUGGUAGUUUUUAUUGGUAAUUGCAUUUCUCGAUUUAUUAAUUAAUCAUAAUUCAAUUUUUGUUGAUUUUGCUUGUUCUUGCUUGUAUAUGUAUAUGCAUGUAUAAAGUUGCCGAUUUCUCCGGGCGAGCCAAUAUGCAGAAGCGAAAACAGGGGGGAAAUCACAUUCACAUAACUGCCAAAUUACACUUGAGAGAGGGUGUUUUCGCAUAUGAAUAUAAGUUGCAUUUAUUUCAAGGAUACUUUCAUAGUGGCUCAAGUAUUCUACAGAUUAGUUGCCUGCACUUGCCAAGUGACAUGCAGUUUGUUCAGUUCAAUUGUAUUGCUAAGUAUUGGGUGCGUACGUAUAAACCAUAAUAUGGCGUACAAAGAGUUUGUCGGUUUAGUGUCGCAAUCCCCAAAAGAAGCUCCCCGGUUAGCUG